AUGGCAAGGCCUGGAAACAAGAUCAUACAAGCCAAAAUGGUGCUUCUUGGGGACAUGGGUACUGGGAAAACCAGUCUAGUACUAAGAUUUGUCAAAGGCCAGUUCUUGGAUCAUCAGGAACCAACCAUAGGAGCAGCCUUCUUCACUCAAAUACUGUCGUUAACAGAAGCGACGGUGAAGUUCGACAUAUGGGACACAGCAGGCCAAGAAAGAUACCAUAGCUUGGCUCCUAUGUACUACCGUGGUGCAGCAGCGGCCGUGGUUGUAUACGACAUUUCAAAGAUGGACACAUUCACUCGAGCCAAAAAAUGGGUUGAAGAACUCCAACGACAAGGGAACUCAAACUUGGUGAUGGCAUUGGUUGCAAACAAGUGUGACUUGGAGCCCAAGAGAGAGGUUGAGACAGAGGAAGGAGAACAAUUUGCACAAGAGAAUGGGAUGUUUUAUAUUGAAACAUCAGCAAAAACUGCAGAAAACAUUAACGAGCUCUUCUAUGAAAUAGCAAAGAGACUUGCAAAAGCUUUCCCCUCAAAGCCUACAGGAAUGAAUCUAAACAAUGAAGUUCGAGACCGAAGAAAACUAUCUUGCUGCUUAGGUUAA